CCACCGCAGAAGCCGCCACCUUCCACCGCUCAACCGAAACGAGACCGAGGCUGAGGUCGCACGAGCCAACUUUCCUUGGGGCGAUCAUCCACUGCACUUGGCAAGGACGAAUUCCUGGACUUAAGGAUUCCUUGCAUGAGGAUCCAGUCGCGAGAAAUUAACGUGUGUUUGAGAGUAUAAAUUUUCGCGGGAGAAAUUUUGCUCACUUAGCUUCUUUUUUUUCCAUUACGAAAAUGAAGACUGGGUGAAAUGUGCAAGUCGACGGUGUCCAGUGAAGAAAUUGAAAAAAAAAUGUGUCUUGUGAUUUGACGGGAUUAUAUUUUAAUGACAAUUAAUAAAUCUAUUGUACCGAUUAUAUUGUGAAUUUGAUUUUGUAAAUUUAUCGUGCCAAAUUUUACCCCCGGGGGUCGUGAAGAGUGUCUAUGGUGACGAUGUUUCAAGAGCUUGGUAUCUAUAUGCUGAGGAACAUGGUAUGUACUGCGUACUGACAGUGUGUGAAAGGGAGACAUAGAAUUAUAGAAUAGGAAGGGUAAGAGGGAUGAAUGAAAUAAGAGGGUGGCUUAGAUAGAACCAGCCGAUUCCAAUAAAACGAAUUUUCUCCGCGACUUGGCAGUCGAGUCGAAGAAUUUGCAAACGGAUGCUUCGCUCUGUCGUGGGAUAAUGAAAUAAGGAUCAAAGGACCCUGUUUCUGGUGUUCCCGAGGAAACGAAUCUAAUUCCCGGAGGAUACGAUUGAUAUGCUAUUGGUGUUUUAUUGACUGAUGUAUCUGAGCAAAUCAGGAAUUAACGAGUGUUACGAUUUUGAUUCCCCCCCCUCAAAAAAAAGACUUCAAUAACACGGAAAUGAUUGAUCAAUUGAACUUUGUCAUUCGAUCAAGAUCAUUCUGAUUAACUGAUUGUAUGAUAUCAGAGUGUAAUAAUAUAUAUACAAAGAAAUCGACUGAUUUAAAAUUCGUUGAUAGACAAAUUGUUAUUAAUCAUUACGAGAGACUAUUUUCUUUUUUAACAAGUGAAUAACACAAGAAGAAAAUGAUUUUUGGUCACAUGAAAAAUUAAAGACCUCGUUCCCAUGACGAAUCCUUCGCGAGAUGUAUGCCCCGAGGAUCGGCCUCUCGGCUUAGACUAUCCUGACACAAGACUAUCCCGAUCGAACCAGGUGAAUCCAUCGAACCAAGUGAACCAGCUAGGGGGUACCAGGGUGCGGAGAACAAGGGCAUCCUCUCGAAGAAGAAUGCACUUAGCUAAUGAGGUUCCACCUCAGAGUACCACAGGUUCUAAUCAUCUUCCCGAUUAUGCCCUAACUGCAGACCUCCUCGCCGAACGUACCCUGGACGGUUUGCUCGCGGAACAUCCUGGAGAACUCGUGCGAACGGGUUGUCCACACGUGGUCUGCACUGUGCUACCGUCGCACUGGAGAUCAAACAAGACUCUACCAGUAGCAUUCAAGGUGGUAGCUCUAGGAGACGUGGGCGACGGCACCCUGGUAACAGUACGUGCUGGUAACGAUGAGAAUUGCUGUGCGGAGCUGAGGAAUUCAACAGCCCUGAUGAAGAAUCAGGUGGCCAAGUUUAAUGACCUCAGGUUCGUCGGCAGGAGCGGCAGGGGUGAGUCUUCGGUUGGAGUACCCUACAGAAAUGGUAAAAGUUUCACGUUAACGAUAAUGCUGCAGACUUCACCACCCCAAAUAGCCACCCUAUCCAAGGCUAUUAAGGUAACCGUGGAUGGUCCUCGUGAACCCAGGUCAAAGACAACCUUUCAUCCUUUUCACUUUGGACCACGAUCAUAUCCUUUUGGGCAUCCGCAGGAUCCUCUAGGAUUCAAGUUUUCUGGUCUGCAGCAUGUGAGUCUGGAACAAGGUAGUAACCAGGGUUGGGGUGGCUUACCUCGUGGAUCUGCACUACCUCCACACUGUCUUCCACCACCACCUGGUCAUCAUCCGCAUACCCAUCCACCACCAGGCGGUGCCUCCGCUUUUAACCCUUUUCAUCAUGUCAUCGAACAGAGAUCACCUAGACUUCCGGUACCAGCUACUACCGAAUCCUCGAGGAGCGAUCUAGGGCCAAUCAGCGUCUCCGUCAGGGAAGUCACACCAACAACAUCUCCAGGAAAUGGGACUGGUCUACUAACCACCGCUUCCGUCACUGCGCCCACACCACCCGCAGAACCAACGACCACCACGUCCAGCCCUUCUGGCCAUCAUCCGCCGCAUCCACAUUUUCAAGGUCUACACCUUCUGGGAGCAACGAAUUCGCUGUUUGGUUCAAUAUUUGCACCCUUAUUGCCUCAGUCGUCCUGGCUCUACAAUCCACUCUAUCAUACGCAGCAGUACAUCCUGGAACCAGAAUGGCACGCACUGGCUCUACGCAUGGCUCAACAGAGACUACAGAGGCCCGACGCGCGACUUGAGGAUCUAAGGAAACUUCGGCGUUCCAGCGCGAGUCCUGAAGGAGAUCAUACAGAGAAGAGAGUAGAACUGGAGGAACUGGAUGAACCAGAAGUAUCUCAAUUACGGCAUACAGAGAGUCCUGAUGGUAGCAUCGAGGUCGACGAUGCUAUAGACAGACGUAUUGGAGUCACCGAUGAGAAUCCUGAAAGUCAAGAAAUAAGGAAGAGGGAGCGUGUUGUCAGCGAAUCGGAGUCUCUGCUCCUGGAGCAGGAAUCAGCGAGUAGAGGAUCAGCUAGGAGCGACGAAGACGAGAUCGUCUCCAGAGAUGAAUCACGAGAUUCCGAAUCUGCGCGGCUUCAACCGAGCAGCGCCGACAACCUCCAGGAUCCGGAAGUGCCUGUCAGUGGAAACGAUCGGGACCGUAGGGAAAGGAAUGACGUCGGAGCUACAGCAAAGGUUAGGAUCGAGGAAAGCGUUGACCUUAGCACCAAGAGGAGUCAGGAUAAGGAGAACAUGGGCGAGGAUCUUAGUACAGGUCAGGAUCUCAGUAUGACCAGAAGAAAGGACGAAGAAGUCGACCGAGAAUCUCUCAGGCCGAGGAGAGAAAGAACACCAAAGCCUAGACAAGUCUGGCGACCUUAUUGAACAGGAAGUAGGAGGGAAGCAAUGAAGAUUGUCUUAUUAAAUCAAAGUCGCCUGAGACUAGAGUCAUGCAAAGCCUCAGGCAUUAUAUCAUCCGAAUGAUUCUCAAGGACUCGAGGACUAACCAGGGUUUUACCUUCGACUAGCAUGUAAAUAUAUCUAAGCAUCAUUCGAUAUUGCGUAGGAUAAAGAAUAAUGAAAUUAAGUGCAUCCGUAGGGUCGGAACCGAUAACGAUAACCAGAGACCGAUUCGAUGACGCUGGAUUAAAUAAUACUGAUUAGAGAAUAUUCAAGUGAUUGUACGAUUAAUAUUGAAUCGGGAUAGGACUGUUAUGUUACUUCGUUGUGUUCGUAGGAUUCCUUAUCGAUGCACUUAACGACAUUGCUUUACUUAAAUUUGACUUCGUGAGUACUCGGCUACUGUCGUGUCUCUUCUGGCGGGAAGUUCAAAUAUACUUGUGUGAGAUUACUCAUAAAGGAUUCGUCCUCGACCUUUAAUUCCAUUCUCUGACCUCGUGAAUUAGGAUUUAGUGUCCAAAAUUUCGUCAACUGUUCAAAUUACGUCAUCGAAUAAAUAUCAUUUGUUCUAUC